AUGCCUGUGCCUUACUCAUUGGCGCCUGCGGACAGAGACGUUGUUAUCAUCAACGUUAACUCCUUCAUCAGUGUCGACCUGUCUGGCUUCGAGCCUAUGUGCGUCACCCAGGACAAGAGGCGGAAUGCACCGGAUGGACGUGUAAUGGAGGCAGGCCAGGUAGUUGUGAACAAGGACGUUCCCAACGGCCCCAUGGUGUUCGAGGACUGGAAGUUACUUCAUCCGUGCCACUGUCUCUGUGAUACGCACGUGGACUCCCACCGCUUCAACAACAUCCAGGAGGACAAGGACCAGGAACACAAAAAGUAA